AUGAAGAUCAGGUGCGACGUCUGCGAUAAAGAAGAAGCGUCGGUGUUUUGUACCGCCGACGAAGCCUCUCUCUGCGGCGGCUGCGACCACCGAGUCCACCACGCUAACAAACUCGCCUCAAAACAUCUCCGUUUCUCUCUCCUCUAUCCUUCUUCCUCCAACAACUCUUCUCCUAUCUGCGACAUCUGUCAGGACAAAAAAGCUCUGUUGUUUUGUCAACAAGAUAGGGCUAUUCUAUGCAAAGAUUGUGAUUCAUCGAUCCACUCCGCGAACGAACACACAAAGAAACACGAUAGGUUUCUUCUCACAGGGGUUAAGCUCUCUGCAACAUCUACCGUUUACAAACCAACAACUUCGCAAUCUUCUUCUUCUUCAAACAACCAAGAUUAUUCUGUACCUGGAUCAUUAAUUUCUAAUCCUCCCAUCAAGAAACCUCUCUCAGCUCCUCAGACCAAUACCAAGAUCCAACCUCUUUCAAAAACGGCGGCGCUGAACAAGAUCGGCGAUGCGGUGGCGAGUCAGUGGGGAUCCACAAGCACGAUUUCAGAGUAUUUGAUGGAUACGUUGCCUGGAUGGCACGUUGAAGAUUUUCUUGAUUCCUCUGUUCCUCCUUUUGGUUUCUCCAAGAGUGGUGAUGAUGAUGGAGUGUUACCAUAUAUGGAACCGGAAGAUGACAGCAGUAAGAGAAACAACAACAAUACAGUGUCACUUCCAUCUAAGAAUUUGGGGAUUUGGGUCCCUCAGAUUCCACAAACCCUUCCUUCUUCAUACACAAACCAGUACCUUUCUCAAGACAGCAACAAUAUUCAGUUUGGGAUAUACAACAAAGAAACAUCACCAGAAGUGCAGUCUUGUGCUCCAAUACAAAGCAUGAAACAACAAGGACAGAACAAGAGAUGGUAUGAUGAUGGUGGCUUCACUGUCCCACAGAUUACUACUUUUACUAAUCCUCCUUCUCUUGCUUCUAAUAAGAAGUCCAGAUCUUUCUGGUAA